AUGGACACACUAUGCGUCAAUUGUCAACAUGUUGGGCACAGUAUCGCGCAAUGCCCAGCCCCGCUCGGCAAGAGCAUACAAGGCAAGACCGGCGCCCAGGAUGACCAAUCCGUGUCGGAGGAAUAUCUCCAAAGUCUUGCAAACCCGCGCGAUGAGCUUUGCCAGCGAUGCGCAGAGAUAGAUAUCAUAAACUGGCUGAACGAAGAUGUUGAGGAUGAGAUGGCGCCGGACGGCGAGGCCACCAAUAGGCGUGGCUUGGAGAAUAGGCAGGCAAACAUGAAGCUAUGGCGGGAUCUCGGGCCUCUCAAGUCAUUAGCCUUGAGAACGUCGUGCCCGUUAUGCCGCAUGAUAUACCGCGUUUUCCCCGUCCCCGCCGAGGACGAAAGUCUGGAGGCGAGCUACUUCUUGCGGCCCGUUCGGGCUUACAAUCGCCAUGGGCAGAGCCUGCCUCCGGGCCCGCAAGCGGAGGAGCUCGGCAGGACCGCGGCGCUCUACGUGUCGGUGGAGAGCCGCCACGGCAGCGUCGCCGGCGUGGCGCACUUCUUUGGCGAUCCCAAGGCCCUGCUGGUCUCGCAGAGCGAGAAGACGUUCGGCCUCUCGAACCGCAACCCCGCACCCAACCACCCGGCCUGCUCGGUGCGGUACCGGGGCAGCCUGUGCGACCUGGAUCUCCUGCGAACGUGGCUCCGUGUGUGCGAGACAGAGCAUGGUGAGCUCUGCCAUGUGGAGUGGUCUGAGAAGCUCUUGAUUUGCAAGGUCAUCGACGUGGAGGAGAGGAAGGUCGUCCCGUGUCCUCAGGACUGCCGUUAUACAGCCUUGAGCUACGUAUGGGGCGCCGUUGAGGUGAAAACCGGGGCACUGGAAGGGCGAUACCUCCCGCAGACCAUUGAAGAUGCCAUAACUGUGACGAAGAGGCUAGGCGUGCGGUACUUAUGGGUUGAUGCAUUAUGCAUUGACCAGCGGCCAAGUCCUGAAAAGAUGGAACAGCUUCGCAUGAUGGACCUCAUCUACUCUUGUGCCGUGUUCAUUCUGGCCGCGGUGGAUGGCGGAGACGGGGACUGGGGCCUACCGGGCGUGAGCACUAAACGUGCGCACCGAGAGCGCCAAGGGCGUGAAGUCGUAGCAGGAGCCGAGCUACUAUCCACACUCCCAUCCCUCGCCCACGAAAUCCCAAACACGAAGUGGAAUACGCGCGCAUGGACUAUGCAGGAGAAUCUGCUUGGGAACCGGAAGCUUUACUUCUCCCGCAGCCAGGUCAUGUGGUUUUGCAAUUCCGGGGUGUCUUAUGAGAGCAUGGAUGAUGCUACCAACAUGAACAAGUUCAUGCACAUACCGGACAACGCUUACGAUGUUGACCCUAAGAGGCUCCGCAAACUGUACAAUGAGCACCCUGAGCUGCGAAGGAAAUAUGCGGACGAGCAGUUCACCAGGCUAGUCGACAUGUACACGCCACGCCAAAUGACGAACGAUUCCGAUUCUCUCAAUGCUUGCCUGGGCAUUCUGUCCUUGCUGGAACGUGCAGUCCUGCCAACUGGAUUCGUCUACGGCCUCCCCCUGAAGGAAUUCCCACAGUCUCUGAGGUGGAUUCAUACGAACAAGAGCGUCAGCCACGAGAGCCUGAUGGCUCGUCGGAGACCCAACCAUCCGUCCUGGAGUUUCGUUGGAUGGGAGGGCAUGGCGGUGUACACGAAUCCUUUGAUUCUUACGCAAGGAGAAUACCACGACGAGAGUGUGGACGCCGUAGUGAGCUACUGCGACAUUGACGGCCAGUGCCUGUUACUCGAUGGCUUCCGCUUCAAGCUCGAGGUGCGCAAGCAGCCGUUUGACGAUGCUUAUAUCCCUGGAACGGACGUAUACCUUGGACAACUCCAAGAGGGUGUGGCUAGCCACAAAAUGACGCUACCACCUGGCGUGUUUGACUUCCUGUUGAUAGAGAGGUUUCGGUUUCGUUAUGGUCCCGACCGUCCCAUCAGGCAUACGCUUUAUCUGCUCAUGCUGGAGGCGCAAGAUAACGGCAGCUUCCGACGGAAGACUAUGGUGAGGCUAUACGUGGAGCCUGGAACGGAGUCCCAAACCGAGUACAUAGAUCUGACCAGAACCCGUGAGAAGGUUAACCUCACAUGA